AUGGUUUCAAUUGUAUCAGCUUUAAUCCAAAUUCAUGAAAAAAAUAAAGAUGGUUCGGAAACAGCAAAUGGAUUUGCAAUUCGUUUUGUUAAUGAAAAAUUUAUUUUCCAAAUUGGAAUUAUGAGAAUUAUAUUAGGACAUGCUAAACUGUUUUUAGAACAAACAGAAAGUUGUUCCAUGACAUUUGAUAAAUUUUCAAUAUGCUUAGAUUCAACUACUGUUCGUAUACAAAAUACAUUAAAUGAAUUUGAUUAUGAAAUUUAUAAACAAAAAGUUAAAGAAUGUCGUGAUCUUUUACCAAUGACACACCGAACAGCUCAUUCAACACGAAGUUCCAUAUCUAUUAAUAAUAACGCCCAUGAUAAUCAUAUGGAUAUGGAUAAUGAUUUGAAUAAUUAUGGCUUAAAGCUUAUUAAUUCUACAAUAAAUUCUAUUAAUGAACGUUUUGGAGAAGAUUCUCGAAUUAUCAUGGAUAAUAUUACAAUGUUUAUAAAAUUAAAUGAUUAUAGUAACGAGGAAGUAUUGAAAAAUCGUUUAUUAAAUUUAUAUUGUAAUGAAAUGUAUUAUAAACACAAAGGGGUUGACAAUAAAAUUUAUGAACGAACUGAUGAACCUUUAUUAUGUUUUGCAAAAUUACAAAAAGAACUUCCACAACUACGUGUUUUAUUAAAAAGUGCAAAUAACGAUGUUAAACGAAUGCAAAUGAAAAUAAUUAAUGAUGAAGUUUGUUUAUUAGAUAUACUAAAGUUUUUAUCAAUCAAUGCAAAUUAUUUGGUACCUGAAUGGUUAAAAUUAUAUCAAAUAUUAACUACUUUACCUAUUGGAUCUAAUGAAUGCGAAAGAAGUUUUAGUGCAUUAAAACGAAUUAAAACCAAAUUACGAAAUAGUCUCUCAUUCACAGCAUUAGAAACGGCUGUGAAGUUUAGUAUUUUAAAACCGGAUGUUACUGAUAAUGAUUUAGAUGAUAUUGUUCAACAUUUUUGUAUGUACCCAGGAAGAGCAAAAGCUCGUAACAUCAAGAUAUACAAGUACCAAGAUAAUGAUGACGAUGAUGAUGAUGAUGAUGAUGAUGAUGUUAAUGAUAAAUAA